AUUUCUUGAUACCCAACACGACGAAAACCUCGAGACCUACUUUGACCACUUCCAAACAACACACACCAAAAACCUCAACUUUCACCACCAACCUACCUUCAGUUGUACAACACACAACGAAUCAUCAACACGCCUCAAACCACCUCUACCAUAUCAGAACCAACCAACCAACCUAGUAACAACACAACACCCUAAAAAACCUACAAACAACAUGUCUUCAACAAAAACCGCCGCCCCUUCCAGCAUCAUCACCUCCGCUCCCUACUCGGACCUCACCGAAACCCUAACCAAAUCACCCACGUCUUCUACCUCCCCCGCCACCACCAGAAGCAAAUCGCACUCGCAAAGCUCAACCUCCUCCUCCUCCUCAGACGCCUACGCCCAAAGAGCCAUGGACCACACCUCGACCUGGCAACCCAAGCUCGACCGCCGACAGAGCUGGUCGCAGGAGCAGUACAAGCAUGAGAUGCAGCUGAGGAGCGGAUCAACAGGCGGGAGUGUGAGGAAGGUUGGGGAAGAGGGGUUUACUGAGGGGGGACAUGGGUAUUGAGACCGAGAGAAAUUGAGGAUGGUGAUGAUGAUGAUGAUGAUCUCCGACAUACCUCUCUCUCUCUCUUUGACUUCGAUAUCGAAAUUGGACA